GGCAGUGGCAGAGGUGAGCCGCCGCUGCUGUUCACUCGGCUCCCUGCUCCGCUCCGACGGAUUAUCCAGCUCGGUAACAUUAGCUCGCCCAGCUAACGGUGAAGACAGCGACCCCGAGAAGAGCCAUGAAAAGCCGCCGGAGCCAGAGAAAGUUAGUCACGGCUUAACUUCGGGACUUUAAUGUACGGAAACACACCAAAAAGACGGUUCGCGGGUCAUGCCGUCGCCCUCCAGGGGAACUUUUCUCUGAGAUUUCCACUUGGGAAAGGCUAGCUUAGGGGCUAGCGAGGCUACAAACUAUUUUUAAUUGGCUUUGGGCUCAAUGGCUCUCACUUGUUUUUCCCUGUCAUAGCGACAGCUUGGGAAAAUUGAGACGGAGAGAGGCCCUGUGAACUUCAUGACAAACCAAAGCCCGGCUUUGAAGCGUAACUUCGGGAAGACUCGACUGGCAAAGGACCGAAAAUGAAGAAGCAGUUCAAUCGGAUGAAACAGCUCGCCAAUCAAACAGUUGGCAGAGCGGAGAAAACAGAAGUUCUCAGCGAUGACCUCCUGCAGAUUGAACGGCGCAUGGAGCUGGUGCGGGUGGUGUCCCACAACACACACAAGAGGAUGGUCUCUUGUCUACAGGGACACAUCGGCGCAGAUGCAGAGAAGAGACAUAAAAAGCUUCCUCUGACGGCGCUAUCGCAGGCUAUGGUGGAGGGAGGAAACCAGUUGGGAGAAGACUCCUUAAUAGGGAAGAUGAUGGAAGUGUGCGGCGAGGCGGAGAAUCGGCUGGCAUCGGAGCUGAUGCAACACGAGCUUCAGAUAGAGAAGGACGUUCUGGAUCCCCUCAGCCAGCUAGCAGAGGUGGACAUCCCCAACAUCCUGAAGCAGAGGAAACAGCUGGCCAAACUGGUGCUGGAUUACGAUUCUGCCAGAGCAAGAUGGUUGCAGGCAACCAAGUCAAUAAUCUCAGGAACAAACACUCAAGCACUGACGGCCAAAGCUGACCUACUGAAGGAGGAGAUGGAUGAAGCAAUGAACAAAGUGGAGCUUUGCAAGGACCAGCUUGCUGCAGACAUGUACAGUUUCUUCUCAAAAGAAGGAGAGUACGCCCGCUACUUUGUAACGCUCCUAGAAGCUCAGGCUGAUUACCACAGAAAGUCUCUCACUCUCCUGGAGGGUGUCUUGCCAACCAUCCAGACUCAGCAAGACUCGUGGACGGAGAAGCCGGCGUUUGGCACGGCGCUGGAAGAACACCUGAAAAGGAGUGGAAGGGAGAUCGCUCUGCCCUUAGAGGCCUGCAUUAUGAUGCUUCUAGAGACGGGCAUGAAGGAAGAGGGUCUGUUCAGAAUCGCAGCAGGAGCAUCCAAACUAAAGAAGCUGAAGGCGGCGCUGGACUGUUCCACGUCACAACUGGAGGAGUUUUAUUCCGACCCCCACGCUGUUGCUGGAGCACUGAAGUCGUACCUGAGAGAACUCCCCGAACCCCUAAUGACCCACCAGCUUUAUGACGAGUGGAACCAGGCAUCCAGCGUGUCGGACCCUGACACGAGGCUCCAGGCGCUCUGGGUCGUGUGUGAUAAGCUACCAAAGAAUAACAAAAACAACCUGAGGUAUCUGGUGAAGUUUUUAGCCAAGCUGGCUCAGGAGAGCGAGGUGAACAAAAUGACUCCUAGCAACAUCGCCAUCGUCCUGGGACCCAACCUGCUCUGGGCCAAGACUGAGGGGAGUCUGGCCGAGAUGGCUGCAGCUACCUCUGUGCACGUGGUGGCCAUCAUAGAGCCCAUCAUCCAGCACGCCGACUGGUUCUUUCCUGAGGAUGUGGAGUUCAAUGUGUCCGGCAUGUUUGCGAUGCCCACGCCCGCAUCCAACCACAACAAUCACCUGGAUUAUGACUGCAGCACCAUCGAGAGGAAGCGGCCUGGCAGUAUGGUGGGACCAGAGAACGACACAUCACGCAAAGACAACACCCCUAACAAGUACUCGGACCACACCCUCCGUAGAGGCAGUAACACCUUAGGUAGAAAGCAGCACACUUCACCUGCCUUCCAGCCUCCUUUACCCCCCGUGGAGGCUGCGGGGCAGCAGGGGUACGGGGCCGGGCAGGUCUCCCAGGCCUUGGCCGAGCCCCAGCCCCAGCCGCAAGCUCCACCGGGGGGGUCAGGGCAUGACAGCUCCCAGCAAAGCUUGGCGCAGGGUCUCGCUGCUCUCGCAGCCGCUCAGCAGCUUCUAGCCCAUCACACAGAAGAGCUCAGCAACCCAAAGCUACGUGACUCCACACCUGCCCAGACCCCUCUGCUCCAGAGGAAUGGCUCUGGAGGAGGAGGGGGCCAGGCUGCAGGGCAGCUGGGCACUGGGACCCCCGGGGCUGGACCCAUGGGGCCAAGUCCGCAUAUGAUGCGCAGAGGUACCAAGAAGCAGGCUCCGGCCCCUCCCAAACCCUCAAACCCUCCUCCCAGCCAGCCCUGCAAUUCAGUGAACCACACCUCCUCCUCAGGCUCAUCCCAGUGCUUCAGCCCCACUCCCAGACCUCUGUCCAGCCACUCGCCCACCUCUCCCACCUCCCCCAACUUACAGCCAUGCACCACACCCAGGCGCCACUCCAGCAACCAGCCCCCAAUCCACGCGCCCAGCCACCCUCCUCCGGAGCCUCCUACACAGGCCAGCCCUCUCCCUCAGCAGGCGUAUCCCGGCGGGGACCAGCAGAGCGCGGACACCUCACCCCCGGACACCCCGACACCUCCGGACACCCCUCCGCCCUCCGCCAACACCCACGACGGCCCCGGGGCCGUCGCUCCUCCGUCCCCGGCUCCCUACCAGACAGGCUCUCUUCCCCGGCCGCGACCCGUCCCCAAACCCAGGAACAGACCCAACGUCCCACCACCACCACAGCCCACCACACUGACGGGUGACACCAACGGGAUCUGUGCCACUACUUAUAAGAUGAUGGACCCGGCAAUGUCUUUCAAAGGGCUGAGUCGAGCUUUGGUCCCUGAGUUCGCUGUAGACCAGCAGCCAGCCUCCUCCCUGCCUCCUCUCAGAGACUGUGACCUGGACACUGAAAGCACCGUCCUAUAAAGCAGGAGACGAUGACACGCUUUGGUCUCGCACACACACACACACACACAGCCCCCCGCCCUCCCACACGCAUCUCCUCUCAUCAUCUACACACACACACAUAAUUUAGCCUCCUCUUGUAGCGUAACAUCCCUCCUCAGAAAGUCUGCUGUUAUCCUCUCUCAGUCCACCCUGUGAUGGACCUUAAUGUGACAUAAUGCACCUUCUGGCAGCCAUGAUGGAGGUCUACAGCUCAUUUACAUUCUUACUAAAGUUGCAGCUAACAAUUAUUUUCAUUAUCAAUAAAUCUGCUGAUAACUUUUUCAAUCGAUCAAUUUUGUCUAUAAAAUAUAAAAGGAUAUGGAUAUAUUCAGUUUGCUGUCAUGUUUGAAACAGAAAACUAGAAAAAAUUCUCACAUUUGAGAAGCUACGUGCAGAUUUGAGGCCUUUUUGCUUACAUCAACCACAAAAACAAUCAUUCAGUUAUUCAAAUAGUUGCAGAUUAAUUAUCUGUUGAUCAACUAAUCGACUAAUCGUUGCAGCUUUACAUUCUAAUGUAUUUAAAGCAUUUACCAGUGUUUGUAACAGCAUCAUACAUCAAUCACUUGCCAUAAUUACACACACAAGUUAGUUGGAUAUCAAAGUUAUAAACACAUACCUUUACAUUUAAAGUAUAUAUCAUGUAACUUGAAGCUGAAACUUGUCUAUUAAUAGAUUAGUCGAUUGAUAGAUGAUUAACAGGCAUUCAUUUCUGGCUUUUUAUAAAGCAAACGAUCACUCGAGACAAUAUGAGUUAGCUCAACACAUCGAUUAGCACGUGAAUUGAUAGUGAGAAUAAUACAUAGUAGCAGCCUGAGUCACAGUACAGAUGAUAGCUGCCUUUUUCUAUGUUGCAGUCAUCUCAAUUCAGAAGCAUAUCAUCAUAUUGAGCCUCUCGCUUUGACUCGUAGUGUAACUGCACCGACCUCCACCCACAACGCAUCAGCCUCCUGCAGGUAGUGCUCAUCUUCAGCCGAGCCGCUAAAGCUGUCGCUAGCCAUUAUUUACUGACUGGAGAGUGCCUUUGACCUCCACUAUGGCGCCGGAUGUCGCUUGCGAGGAGAAUACCACUGCAAAGCCUCUAUACUGCAACACACACACACACACACACACACACACACACACACACACACACACACACACACACACACACACACACACCACCUCUUUCUUUAGACUGUAGCUCCUGCAGAACAAGCUCCAGACAAUCAGCAGAGUCUGAGGAAGGAAGCGUUCAAACGACUGUCAACCGUGUUAACGAUGAUGCAACAGCUGGAUGCUGUUACGGAGGAAGGCCACAUGGAAGUUGGGGGGGGGGGGAGAGAGUCAGAGGAAAUGCCAAAAUACGGACUUCUGAGACUCGUUUUGAAUUUGGUGUGAGGUGUUUUUGUAUUUUUUAAUGUUGAAAAUGGCCUUAGAACAAUAAAAGAAGAGGUAUUUCUACAGCACAGGAGGGGGAAGGGAAGAGGUCAGCAGGUGAAGUAGAAACCAAAACUGUUUAAGUGUAGCUGGUGACUGCAGGUUUCCAGUCGUCUCAAACACUUUUCUUUUUUUUUUUAUGUGUAUGAAAACCCCCCCUCCCAUAUCCCCCUUUUUUUUCUCGCUCUUGUAUUUAUUUACUGAGUUAAAAAAAACACACACAUUCCCUGUGGCUUGACGUAAUUAAUGCAGUCUUUAAAUGUAAAUCAUGCCUUAUCGGUUCCCCCCAGAACCACGUCAUAAGAAUUCAAGCAUUUAUAUAUUUACUGUAUGGAGGAUAUACUUGGCUCCUAGCACCGCAGUAUUUCCAAGAAGCCGUCUUGGUGACAAGUAUGUUUCAGGGAUGUAAGGAAGGUGAUUUUGACCCUCUGCAAUAGAAGUCGUGUAUGGUUCUGUAUCGUUACAGCAAAAAAAAAAAGUCUAUUUAAAAUUUGUUUCUUUUUUUUUUUGUGGUUUAUCUUUGGAAGCUGAAGUAGCAGGAGGUUAGCUGCCCUCCCAGCCUGAAUGCAGUCAGUAUUUUUUUUGCCUUUCUGUUUCUCCCAUCUGUCUGUGUUUUCUCUGGUGUUUACCGGCGCAUUACACACAACAGGCUGCGUGUGAGUGAAUGUAGUGAAGACUUUUUUUUUUUUUUGUAAUUAAAGAAGUGCUUAACCAGCCUCUUCACCCGGGACAGAGAGACGCAUAAACAGCUGAUGUUGCACUUAAGCGCAGGCCAAACUCAAUGAGUGGUUUCCUAGUGAACUGGUUUUGAGGGGGUUUUUUUCUCCUUUUUUUUCGUCAGUCUUUCCCACUGAGCUGAGAGCACACGGCGCUGUGGAGCCUCAGUAGUGAUGUGGUGUUAGAUUUUGCCAGGUCAAAAGAUUGUUUUUUUUUCAAAUGGCUUUGUUGUAUUUUCUGUGUAAGCUUUGCUUGUUGGCCUCAAAUAUAAUGCAGAGUUUGGUUCCCAGAGAACUGAUCCGAUAUGGUACCAAUGGAGAAAGUCUUGGAUGCCGCAAUUGCCCUGAAAAACAGGUUUCAUUCAGUUUUUCAGAGACAAUCAUGCAUUAAUAAUCCCCUCCUUGCUCUCUUUGCUCCUGUACCUCGCUGCCUUAUCCCUCGGCAUCAAGACGAACAAAUGCCAUUAAACUAGAAGUGAUAAUGCUGCAUUUUUAAGCUCCAUAGUUUUGUAUGUAUGCCGUCUGGUGAGCUUAAAUACAGAAUAAAAACAUGUAAUAUGAAUGCUUGGAUAUACCCCCUUUCCAAAGAAAAUAAAGUAUA